AGGCUGCUUGGAGAACAUUUGUUCCCGCGUUCCCUAAACUGGCCCCAGAAUUAUGAAUGGAUAUUUUUUGUUGGCCCGAGAAGGCGCUUCGUUUGAAAUAUUCUUGAAGAAAGAUCUUAUCGGCACUACAGCUGCUGUCAUUUCCUUUAUUUCUUGAUAUUAUUUAUAUCCUCCAUAUGGUUGCAGGUCUUUCUAGUCGUGGUAGGUAGUAACUGGACUCGCUAGAACACGAAGACAAGUUAUCUCUGUCCAAGGUGGGAAAAGAUGAAAUUUUAACCUUGACUCCAGCGACAAUGUAUCUCAUUAGCCUUUGUAAUUUUGUGAGGUCUAAUGUAAUCCAUUUAUGAUAUCUUCACUGCCUCAUGAUUACCCGUUAAGUUCGUUGUAUUUACUUUUACGGCACGGGAUUGACGUGCACCCUCAUUUCUUUUUUCAGAGAUUCAUUGUGGUCUAAACAUUGACGUCACCAACCAUGUCGGAUGACAUGUUUGCUCCGGUCCCGGCGCCGAUUGUGACAAAAAAGCCAGCGAAAGAUACCCAAGCGUUGCUCAGCAAGCUGGCUGCCUUGAAGAACGAGAAAGCGAAGUUGCAAGCCGGUUUGCAGGCGGGAACCACCACAAGCUCACAAGAGGGCAAGGCGGCGCAGCCACAGGUAGGCGGGAGUAGUGGAAGCAGUGGACCGGCCGCGCCUGCAGCCGAAGCAGCUCCAACAGUGCCAGCCCCGAGUGCAUACAGCUUUGUUCCGCAGAAUGCUGAGAAAUUCAGCCUGAACCCGCAAUCAGAGGAAGACAGGCUGCUCCAGCAAGAGUAUAUCACUUUAGAAAGGCAAUCGUUCAGGACUCUUUGACUGCGUUUAAUUUUUCAGGUGGUGGUUGUACGGAUAUGACUAACGGCAGGCGAUGAUUUGUUUAAAAUUGUCGGUAUCAAUGUCAUGAUUGUUAGAAUCGCUGAUUCCUACUUGUAGCUUGUACUUCCUCCGAAUACGCAGGUACGACCCUAGCGAGCCAAACAACUACGACGAAAUAGUAAAGAAAAGAAGGCGGCUGGAAGAGGAGGCGGCUGUCCAGCGACUUCGGGAAAAGAAUGCAGAAAGACAAAGAAAACAGAACGAAGCAAAGCAAGCAAAGGAAACAGAGGAAGAUGAUGCAGCGACUGCUUACAUGAAGAAGUUCGGUUGGCAGGAGGGCCAAGGUUUAGGCCGAGACGGACAAGGUAAAUUAUUUUGUGCACCCCUACGAAUACACCGAUCACUGCUUCUUACUCGGCGUUCCAUUGCGUACAAGGCUUUGCCUUGCUACGAGAGCGUGGUUGCAAUUAUUAGUAGGUAUUACUAUUGUUUUCUUCACGCGUUUUUGAGCGCUUGUUGCGUGUGUCUGGAGGAAAGCUUCUUUUCUGACGUUGCACAAUGAAUUUUGUCGAUAGGUAUAACGGCACCCCUGAUCAUGCGAAAGACAGACGCUGGCUCAGGACAAGUAGUGCAGGGUACUUCCCUGCCCAAGACGCAGCAGGGUAAGAGUAACGUCAUAGUGUUGCUGAAUGCUGUAGGCCGAGGCCAGGUAGACGACGACUUGAAGGACGAAAUGACCGAGGAAGCAUGUACUCUUUACAUUCUAUUUUGUCUGGUUCCUUCUCGCUCGAUAUCAGGUUGAGGAACUUGAUUCUUCUAAUUUUUAUUGAUUCUAUACUCCGCUCCCAUUCACCAUGCUUUCCCGCGGUAAAUAAGUAGCUGUUUGGUGUAAAUGAUUUGUGAAUCAAAAGGCAGGAACGAUUUGUCUAUCCCAAAAAACGGCACGAAUGCAUUAACCUAUGACACAGCAAAAUACGGAAAAGUAAACUCGUGCGAGAUAGUAGAAGUGCAGGGGGUCACCGAUAAGGAGAGCGUGCGGAUAUUCAUUGAGUACGCAAAUGUAAAUGCAGGCGUGAUUGCAUGCAUGAAGUUCAAAAAUCGCUUUUUUGGAGGCCGCUAUGUCAAUUGUAUCUUCUACAAUCCCGAACGAUAUAGAGGCAAGCAAUUUCUUGAUCCUCUCUGACACACUCCCACUUAGAUUUUUGUCACCACAUGAAACACCCUGAUCUUGUUACCUUUUGCCAUUUUUGUCAGUACCGCUCACCCUCCCCUCGCUCGAAAAAAACCCGAAGCCCCCAGAUGAUUAUUUCAAUUUUCUGUCCCACUGAUUCCGUUUCGAUGGCGGACGCCAAAGUUCUCGCGAGGAAGGUCGCUCGUUGUGAAGUUCGUUCGUUGUAAUGGCUGUUUCAGGUGGGAAAAUAAGUACAUUUUUUGACGACGCUCGUGGAAAAGGGACUCAAAAGUAAGCAGUUGCAAGAGGACCAUGACGAUGGAAAUCGCGCGAUUCUUCCCGAGUUGCCUUUGUUCAGCUGUUGCCUGAGAGGUAC